CAACAAUCUCUCUCUCUCUCUCUCUCUCUCUCUCUCUCUCUCUCUCUCUCUCUCACAGUUGUGCUUUCUGCAUGGCAUUCGAUCCUACCUUCCAAGACCAACUACCAGUCCUUUGCAGAGACCUCCCCUACUUAAAUCCAGAGAUUCCGACCAUGUUUUCAUCACCAACCUCCGUUCUCAUCCCACCACCACACAACAACCCCUUGUUGAACCACGCCAACACUUUCCACCAUAUUCAAGACAAUACCCACAACCCUGACCUUUUGAUGGAGGGUCUUUCGUUUGUUUCCAACCCUAUCAAUGUUCCCUCAAUUCCCUACUUGGGUGAGUCUUCCCAAGCAGGGUCUCAAAGUGGUUUUGUCAACCCUAACCCUAUGAUACCUUCACCAAACAACAAAAUGGAAUCCUUGUACCACCACCAAGGUGGCACAUUAAUUUGGGAUUUUAAACAAAAAACUACAAUUCAAUCAUCUGCAGUUUCUGCUUCCUCCAUUGCUCAAAUGGGUCCCUUAAUUGUGUCACAACCACCACCACCAGUAGAUUCUAGUGAAAUUGAAUUGGUGAAGAGGGCUUUGUUUGAAGGGGAUCUUUCAUACCUCACUGAAAUUUUUGGCACUAGUCAUGAUGGUGAGCAAAGGAAAAAUGUGCAAGCUGAAGGGGAUAUCAACACUGCUAACAUAACCAAAGGGCAUUGGUCAAAACAAGAGGACAUGGCGCUUGUGACAUUGGUGAAGCAGUACGGACAGAGUAAAUGGAGUAAAGUCGCAAAAUUAAUGAAGAAAAGGCUUGGAAGGCAGUGCAGAGAAAGAUGGCACAACCAUCUCAGGCCAGAGAUUAAGAAGCGUCCAUGGACAAUGAUAGAAGACCUUAUACUGAUCAAAUCCCACCAAGAACUCGGAAACAAAUGGGAAGAAAUUGCAAAGAGAUUGCCUGGUAGGUCAGGGAACACCAUCAUGAACCAUUGGAACGCCACCAAGAAAUGCCGAAAUAUUUUCAAGAAGCCUGAAACUUAUGACGGAUCUAUGCUUCAAGCUUACAUCAAAAGGGUCACUGCUUCUAAAGAAUCUACAAGAGAAACGAAGAAGAAACCCAUAAACAAGAUGAAGAUGAAGGAGGCCAUGCAUACAAAGUUGAAUGAAGGUGUGGUCAAUGGGAAUGUCGAUGGAAUAGCAAGUGGGUCGGUGAUGGAUGGUGGAAUAGUCAAUGGUUCCACCAUAUAUGGUUACAUUCUUGAAGGCUUGAUCUAGGAGAUGAAGGAGAUGGAUUUGCAUACAAAGAUGAUAACUAGAAAUUAUUAAAAAUUAAUCAAGGGGCAUGCAUAGUGAAGCCUCUCUGGAAUCUAUCUCAUAAAUUUUAUGAAGGUUUAUCAUGUUGAUCUUUCUGUGUUUGUUUUGUGUCGUAUGAUUUCAGUCUGAGGGAGUCUGAUGGGUUUAUAGAUAUUGUGCUUUAUUUAGUUGAGUCUGAUGGGUUUAUAGAUAUUGUGCUUUAUUUAGUUUAUCUUUUUAUUGUUUGAAGUUUUAUUAAUCUAGCUUUAGUUCAUAUACUAUUAUUAAGUAUCAAGCUUCUAGUAUAUUUCCCCUAG